UCGGCUCUCUCACGUCACACUCGUCACACUUUGUUAAUUUUUAGUCAGAAUUACUGACCGGCUUGGGCCCUGAAUUGGACUAUAAUUUCAAAAUUUUACGUAAAAUAGUUUCAAAAUUAAGAUAAAAUUUUAGUCAAAUAAAUCAAAAUGAAUUUCGACGAUAAUACAGCCAUUGCGACGGCCAUUAAGUCCGGAAACAUUAAUAUUUCUACGGAAUACAUGUCUAUAGAGGACCACCUCGAUAAAGAGAAACAAGCAAGUUUAGACGAACUUGAAAGGAGAAAACGUGUCCGGUUAAUGAAUGUAAGUACUGACGAUGCAGAAGUAAAAAAAGAUUUAAGAACACUAGGCGAGCCCAUUUGUUACUUUGGCGAAGGUCCGGCAGACAGGCGACAGCGUUUGAAGGAGUUGCUCUCGAGGUUAGGGCCAGAGGUUUUACGAAGGGAUGUCUACGAGGCGGUGGAGAAGCCGUCACAGGACAAAUAUCAAGGCGUUACGUGGUACCAUGAAGGCCCUGAGAGUUUAAGAAUAGCGAGAGAAUGGAUCGCAGGAUAUUCAAUCCCACGAUGUAGAGCUAGAUUGGAUGAAGCUAGACAAAAACGAAAUAUUCCUGAUAAGAUAAAAAUAGCACAACGGCAAGAUUUACAAAAGAAAAUGCAAGUGCUUACGAAUCAGUGCAGCCAGGUAGGGGAUUCUCGACCGAUUUCUUAUAUUCAAUUUAGUCCAAACUCUCAAAUGUUGGCAACUGCUUCAUGGAGCAGCCUUAUCAAGUUGUGGUCUGUUCCGGAUUGCACAUUAAUAAGGACUCUGAAAGGUCAUAUGAAUAACGUUGGCGCUGUAGUGUUCCAUCCUCACGCUACAACGUCACUCAUGGAAGACGAGGCUUGCUGCUUGGCGUCGUGUGGUGCGGAUGGUUCAGUAAAGUUGUGGAAUUUGGUGAGUGAUGAGCCAAAGGCGGAUGUUCCUGGACACAAUCAUCGAGUAUCGAGGAUAGCCUAUCAUCCCUCGGGACGCUUUCUGGGCACCUGCUGCUACGAUUCUUCAUGGAGAUUGUGGGAUUUGGAGCAAGAAGAGGAAGUUUUGCAUCAGGAGGGUCACAGCAAGGCAGUGCAUUGUAUGUCCUUCCAAGUUGAUGGGUCACUCGCAGUCACGGGAGGGUUGGACUCAUUUGGACGACUCUGGGAUUUAAGGACUGGGAGAUGCGUAAUGUUUCUAGAUGGUCAUCUGAAAUCAAUAUACGGGAUUGAUUUCUCCCCUAAUGGAUUUCAUAUUGCUACUGCCAGUGAAGAUCACUCUACUAGAAUUUGGGACAUUCGGCAACGCUUGUCCUUAUACACCAUUCCAGCCCAUACGAAUUUAGUGUCGACAUGCAAAUUUCAGCCAGUCGACGGAAAUUUUAUCGUAACUUCGUCGUAUGACAAAACUGCUAAGUUAUGGCUGAGUUCUACCUGGCAGCCCUUGAAGACAUUAAGUGGACAUGACGGUCGAGUAAUGUGCGUCGAUAUUUCACCGGAUUCUCAAUAUAUUGCGACUUCGUCGUUUGACCGGACGUUUAAAUUAUGGUCUCCGGAUUUGUAAAGUAAUAAUUUUUCAUUGUUAAUAUGUAAAUAAUUUGUAUCACGAAAAUUGCAUCUUUUAAGUUACACAAAUAUUUUUAUGUUCAUAGUUCAUACAUUAAUUUCUGAGUUUAUGCACGUGUUCUUUCUUCUUCUGUUACAUAAUAUUUCAACAUUUAAUUAAUCAAAAAAUAUACGAUUCGACCACUAGGAGUGUACAUAAAAUGACGACAUACAUUGUGGAACUAAAUAAAUAGCUUUUUUGACACCGAG